AUGUCACUGCUGAAUAUCCUGGUACUAGUACCAUUACUACUACUGCUACUAAUGGAUGAACAUCCGUUAGCGCAAAAAGCUAUCCCUGAUGAUAUACGUAAAAGGGUACGUGAAGCGCACACAUUUGAUGAACUGCUAUCCGCGACACAAGUGUUGUAUGCACCGUAUUUACUUGGAAAUAAAGACGAACCAACCUUCAAGGUUCACAAAGAACUACAACAUCCUUCUGCAGUACGAUCUUACACGAACAGCAUGCAGAAGGUUAAGCUAUACACAGCUUCUAAAUUUCAUCCAUCAAACAUUACAAGAAAAUCCGAUUUUCAUCCAGAUAUCGAUGCUAAUGCAAAGAAAAGCUUAGAAAUACUACGCACGAUUCGACAAGGCACAGAUAUAUGUGAGUUGCAAAAGGUUUGUAUUCCUGUAGUACUGGAAAAUCCUGAUCCCGGGUUAUUGACAUUCCCACGAUGCCAUGAAGUAACACAAUGUGUUGGAUCAUGUUGCGAAUUCACCGAACGUUGCCAUCCAACCAGUACUGAAUAUAUUCAACAGCCGAUAGUUGAAAUGCUGUAUUCUGGCAAUAAUCUAUUUAUAAUCAAUCAAACACGAAGUAUAACAAUCGAACAACAUACUGCUUGCAGUUGCCAAGUAUGCACCAAGUUUGGUGCAGCUAUUCAAUGCCCGCGGAAGAAAAUUGUCGGUCCGAACUGUCACUGCGAAUGCAAAAAUAGACAAGAGAAAAAGAAUUGUCAAGAUCCGAACAAAGUGUGGAAUAACGAAACGUGUACCUGCAGCUGUGUCACGAAGAAAUGCAACGGUGGAAGUAUUUUGGAUGCACAUACAUGCUUAUGCUAUCAUCCAGGCAAUAAUCAAAGUUAUGGGGAAAAGGAUGCUUCCGGUAGUUUCCAGUCGGAUACAUUUAGACUUCGAAGGCUUCGUCUAGCUCGAAGAAGGAUGCCCACGAAAAAUAUCCUGUGA